AUGACAAUCAGAACCGAUAGCGUCAAUGCACGAAGGACCGGCGUUCUGGUGCCUGAGCUAACAUCCGAAGCGCUAGCUGCGCUGUCGUCUUGGCUGCCAACGUUUCCUGAGUUCCUGGCGCCCCCUGCACUUGAAUCGUCGAAACGACUUGAAGUGGAACUGGGAACUGCAACCGAGUCGAUUGAGCCAGAGCCAUUGAGCGAUCCAACACGGCCAUCUAAUGUGGCAACGCUGGUGCUGGUGCUGAGGUUCGCGCUGUCGAUCACAUCCCGGAAGUGCUUGGCUCGUGGUGGAGAAGAUGACGACAAUGACGUUCCUGAGGUCUUGGAGACCGAGUUAUCAUUCGAAUUGGUGGUGGUGCCAGUCGAUGCUGUCGAUGUCGAAGCACGUACAACGGUACUUGACGUCGUGCCACUGGAUCUGGUCGACGUCGACGUCGACGAUGCUGCUGCAGGAGCGACUUGUGCGGAGGCAGUAUUGACGCCAGUACUGGAAGUCGUCGUAGCUCUGGUUCCCGUAGACGUCGUCGGUGCUGCUGCUGCGGGGGUGACUUGCGAGGAGGCAGCAUUACCACCCGUACUUGGAGUCGCCGUGGUGCUGGAUCCCGUAGAGGUCGACACUGAGGCUUCAUCAGAGGAAGUUGCCGCGGAAUUGGUCGACGGAGCCACCGUCACCGUGUUCACCGUCUCGGGGGUCGGCGUGUUAGCCGUUGGAGACGGUGGUCCCGGGCUGACGGCUGUUGACUCUGUGGAGGACGCACUUUCGUCCUCGGAUGACUCGCUGUUGCUCAAGCUGCUAGACUCGACCAAGGAAACCGAGUCCCCUGAAGCAGAAGCUGCCAGGGAGUCCUGCCCCAGGACCGGCCAGACCACGACUGCAAGUAGGAAUGCAGUGAGGAGGUUCAUCGAUCGCAAGCUCAACCCUGAGACCGACCACAGCAUGUUCAUGUUCAAAUUGUUGGUGUACCGCUCGCACCGGCUGCAGGCUGGAACUGAGGAAACGAUCCUGACUGUCGCUAACGCUUCCUCUGUGUCGCCCAUGUCUCCAACAUCGAAGCCGCCGGAGCUCCUUGAAGUCGAGCUCUGGACUAUGGUGGAGCUGCUCGAGCCAGAGCCAUUGCCAUCGUCCAACCUGGCAACUCUAAUAGUGCUGAUGUUUGAGUUGUCAACGAUAUCCCCGAAGCGGGUGCCUUCCAAAGUGCUGGACCCGUUGCUACUAGUCGUAGUGUUACCCAAGACGGAUGGUGUUGCUUGCUGUCCUGUGGCGGCGCUGUUGGUUGAAGAUGACGACUGGGGCGUAGCUUUGGUGCCUGUAGCCCCGGGAGAAGAAGUUGCACUACCAGUUGACGCUGACUGGCCGCGCGUUGUCGUCGACGGUGUGGCUGCUGAGGGAUUCGGAGCUGUAGCGGGCGAGUUCGCGCCCAAAGCGGUGGCACCUUCGACAUUGUUUCGAGACACCGAUGGUGCUGCUGAUGGGGGACUUGCGGGAGGCGCCACCGUGAUACCGUUGUUCGAAGGUGUGACUCCAUUGGACCCCGGAGUUGUGAUUGAAGGAUCCGCUGACCCGCUGGUUCCUGCAUCAGUCGGUAGUGUCGAGACGGGGGUGGUGCUACCAGCACCGGUUAACGCCGCUGGUGAUGUUAAGAAUGAUCGGGUGGCCGCGUCGAUCCCGUUGUUGGAAGUCGCGAGGCCGGCAGACGCUGGUGCCGAGGUGCCGAUCAACGGAGUAUCAUCCGAGUUGGUCGUGGAAGCCACAACCACGGGGCGGAACGUCUUCAUGUUUAUCUUCCUCGUCGACGAUGGAGUGGCUGCCGGGUCUUGCGUCGCCAGCGGCGAAUCAGUGGACGAACUUGCUGUGUAUUGCGUUAGAUCGGCCGCCUCGCUAUCUCGUGUGCUGGACAGCGUUCGCCCCACCACCGCGUGCAAUGUCCGUGCUGGUUUACUCGUAACAAAAGGGGGCGGCGUUGUCGGGAUUGCGUUGGAUCCACUCGAGGCCACGCUGCUGCUGGAGACGUCGCCGUUCUGA